GUCCCUGCGAGGGGACGUGCCCGGCGCUGGGCUCCCGCCGUCCCCGGGUGUCCCCGGAGAGCCACCCCGGCCCCGGCGCUGCCGUCCCGGUCCCGGCCCCUGUGGUGCCCGGUGACUGCCGUGACUCGUUUGCUUUUCAUAAAGAGAUGGGUGUAUGCGUGCGUGGAUGCUGGCACUGAGGGCUGUGCUGCUGGCUAACGUGAAAACGGUCUCGAGGAUUUGAAAUACGUGCCCGUGGUGUGUGCUGGCACAGAGAACAAGCUGAGCUCCCUCUCUGACCUGGAGCAGCAGUACCGGGCCCUGCGCAAGUACUAUGAGAACUGCGAGGUAGUUAUGGGCAACCUGGAAAUCACCAGCAUCGAGCACAACAGAGACCUCUCCUUCCUGCGGUCUAUCAGAGAAGUCACAGGCUACGUUUUGGUGGCUUUGAAUCAAUUUGAAUACCUGCCACUGGAGAACCUGCGCAUCGUUCGUGGGACCAAGCUCUACGAAGACCGAUACGCUCUGGCAAUAUUUCUUAACUACAGAAAGGAUGGCAAUUUUGGACUCAGGGAACUUGGCUUGAAGAACUUGACAGAAAUACUGAAUGGAGGGGUGUAUGUUGGCCAGAACAAAUUUCUUUGCUUCGCAGACACCAUUCAUUGGCAGGAUAUCGUGCGUAACCCCUGGGCCUCCAACUUCACUUUGGUUCCAACGAAUGGCAGCUCGGGAUGUGGUCGAUGCCACAAGUCCUGCACGGGCCGAUGCUGGGGACCCACAGAGAAUCACUGCCAGACCUUAACAAAGACAGUGUGUGCAGAGCAGUGUGAUGGACGGUGCUACGGGCCCUACGUCAGCGACUGCUGCCACCGGGAGUGCGCUGGAGGCUGUUCUGGACCCAAAGACACUGAUUGCUUUGCCUGCAUGAAUUUCAAUGAUAGUGGAGCAUGUGUCACACAGUGCCCCCAGACAUUUGUGUACAAUCCUACUACCUUCCAACUGGAGCAUAAUCACAAUGCCAAGUACACGUACGGGGCUUUUUGCGUCAAGAAGUGCCCACACAACUUUGUGGUAGAUUCCAGCUCUUGUGUCCGUGCAUGUCCAAGCUCCAAGAUGGAGGUUGAAGAAAAUGGUAUUAAGAUGUGUAAGCCCUGCACUGACAUUUGUCCUAAAGCAUGCGAUGGCAUUGGAACAGGGAGCUUAGUGUCAGCUCAGACGGUGGAUUCCAGCAACAUUGACAAGUUCAUAAACUGUACUAAGAUCAAUGGCAACCUUAUCUUCCUUGUUACUGGGAUUCAUGGGGAUCCAUAUCACACAAUCGCUGCAAUUAAUCCUGAGAAAUUAAAUAUCUUCCAAACAGUGAGAGAGAUAACAGGGUAUUUGAACAUACAGUCAUGGCCUGAGAACAUGACUGACUUCAGGGUGUUUUCUAACUUGGUUACUAUUGGUGGAAGAGCUCUGUAUAGUGGCCUUUCCUUACUCAUCCUGAAGCAGCAAGGCAUUACCUCCUUACAGUUCCAGUCCUUGAAGCAAAUCAGUGCUGGUAACAUCUACAUAACAGACAACAGCAAUUUAUGCUACUACCACACAGUCAACUGGACCAGCCUUUUCAGCACACCCAGCCAAAAGACGGUGAUUCAUCGGAAUAAAAAAGCAGAGAACUGCACUGCUGAUGGGAUGGUGUGUAAUGAGUUAUGCUCAAGUGAUGGCUGCUGGGGGCCAGGGCCAGACCAGUGUCUCUCCUGCAAGCGCUUCAUCAGGGGGAGGACCUGCAUAGAAUCUUGUAACCUGUAUGAUGGGGAAUUUCGAGAGUUUGCAAAUGGUUCUGUUUGCAUGGAGUGUGAUCCCCAGUGUGAGAAGAUGGAAGACAACAUGAUCACGUGCUAUGGGCCGGGGCCUGACCACUGCACGAAGUGCUUCCAUUUUAAGGAUGGUCCGAACUGUGUGGAGAAAUGUCCUGAUGGCUUACAGGGGGCAAACAGUUUCAUUUUCAAAUAUGCCGAUGAGGAUCGUGAGUGCCAUCCGUGUCAUCCAAAUUGCACCCAAGGGUGUAGAGGUCCCGCUAGUCAUGACUGCAUUUACUAUCCAUGGACACGACAGUCCACUUUACCACAACAUGCUAGAACCCCUUUGAUUGCUGCGGGAGUUAUUGGUGGCCUCUUCAUCAUCGUCAUCAUGGGCCUGACGUUUGCUGUGUACGUUCGACGCAAGAGCAUUAAAAAGAAGAGAGCGUUGCGGAGGUUCCUGGAGACUGAGCUUGUGGAACCCUUGACUCCAAGUGGUACGGCACCCAACCAAGCUCAGCUUCGUAUCCUGAAGGAAACUGAGCUGAAACGAGUGAAGGUUCUUGGCUCUGGAGCCUUUGGAACAGUAUACAAGGGUAUUUGGGUCCCCGAGGGAGAAACCGUUAAGAUUCCUGUGGCCAUUAAGAUCCUUAAUGAGACCACUGGUCCCAAAGCCAACGUGGAGUUUAUGGACGAAGCUCUCAUCAUGGCCAGCAUGGAUCACCCACACCUGGUGAGACUCCUGGGCGUCUGCUUGAGCCCAACCAUCCAGCUCGUCACUCAGCUGAUGCCUCAUGGCUGCCUGUUGGAUUAUGUUCAUGAACAUAAGGACAACAUUGGCUCCCAGCUUCUGCUAAACUGGUGUGUCCAAAUAGCAAAGGGAAUGAUGUACCUGGAAGAGAGAAGGCUUGUGCACCGGGACCUGGCAGCCCGCAAUGUCUUGGUAAAAUCACCAAACCAUGUGAAGAUCACUGACUUUGGCCUGGCCAGACUUCUGGAAGGGGAUGAGAAGGAAUAUAAUGCUGAUGGAGGGAAGAUGCCAAUUAAGUGGAUGGCUCUGGAGUGUAUACACUACAGGAAAUUUACCCAUCAGAGCGAUGUCUGGAGCUAUGGAGUCACUAUCUGGGAGCUUAUGACCUUUGGUGGAAAGCCAUAUGAUGGGAUCCCAACUCGAGAGAUCCCAGACCUCCUGGAGAAGGGAGAGCGGUUGCCCCAGCCUCCAAUCUGCACUAUUGAUGUUUAUAUGGUGAUGGUGAAAUGCUGGAUGAUCGAUGCUGACAGUCGGCCUAAAUUCAAGGAGCUGGCUGCUGAAUUUUCUAGAAUGGCUCGAGACCCCCAGAGGUACCUGGUAAUUCAGGGAGACGAUCGUAUGAAGCUCCCCAGCCCAAAUGACAGCAAGUUCUUCCAAAACCUUCUCGAUGAGGAAGACCUGGAAGAUAUGAUGGAUGCUGAAGAGUAUCUUGUUCCUCAAGCCUUCAACAUCCCUCCUCCCAUCUACACUUCCAGGACAAGAAUUGAUUCCAACAGGGUCAUGAUGUGGAAAUUUCCUUGCACGCCCUUGCUGAGAAGCAGAAUGAACCAGUUUGUGUACAGAGAUGGCGGCUAUGCUGCGGAGCAGGGAGUGCCGAUGCCGUACAGAGCUCCUGGCUGCAUCAUCCCAGAAGCCCCAGUUGCUCAGGGGGCGACAGCAGAGAUCUUUGAAGACACCUGCUGCAACGGCACGCUGCGGAAGCAGGUGGCCACGCUGGCAAAGGAGGACAGCAGCACCCAGAGGUACAGCGCUGAUCCCACAGUCUUCAUACCGGAGCGGGUGAUCCGGGGAGAGCUGGAUGAGGACGGCUACAUGACGCCGAUGCGAGACAAACCCAAAACAGAUUACCUGAAUCCAGUGGAAGAGAACCCAUUUGUCUCCCGGCGAAAGAACGGAGAUCUCCAAGCUGUGGACAACCCAGAGUAUCACAACGCUCCGAAUGGGCAGCCCAAAGCAGAGGAUGAGUACGUGAAUGAGCCAUUGUACCUCAACACUUUUGCAAACACCUUGGAAAACGCCGAGUACCUGAAGAACAAUUUGCCAGAGAAAGCCAAGAAGGCCUUUGACAACCCAGACUACUGGAAUCACAGCCUGCCCCCACGAAGCACUCUCCAGCACCCGGACUACCUGCAAGAGUACAGCACAAAAUACUUUUACAAACAGAACGGACGGAUCCGGCCCAUUGUGGCAGAGAAUCCCGAAUACCUCUCCGAGUUCUCCCUGAAGCCUGGCACUGUGCUGCCCCCGCCACCCUACAGACACCGGAACACAGUGGUGUAGUAACCGUGGUCUUACACAAGUGGAAAGGCAACCCCUUCUAGCUGCCUCACUCUUCCUCUUUUUCUCCUUCUCCCCUCCCUACUUGCCUUUUUUCCUCCCAUGAGCUUCCUCUUCUUGCCAGUUCACUCAUUUUUGCUAUUUCCAAGUGAAAGGAUGUCUUGGAGUCAUUUGCGGAUUGGGUUGGGAACCGGAAAGGAAGGAAGGAAGGAGACUGAAAGGAGGAGUGUACAGCCUGGUGUUUCUCGCCUUCUGCAGAUCUGAGGGGCAGAUGGUCAGAGAAGCCAGACAGUACAGAAAAUCCAUGGCAGUGUUGCCUGCUGUCAAACUAGUCUCAGUGAUUCCACCCAGCCACUGUAGGGGAAGCCAGAUAGAGGCUGGCUCUCUCAGGAGGAACUGAUGAGUCUGUACAGCAUUCCUGGAAAUCUCAAUGCAGUUUCCAUUAGGGGGAAAAAUGGACAAUUUUUAUAUCAUGUGUAAUAGCACAGUAAUUGAGAUUGAGAAUCCAGUUUCUUUCUCUAACACUUUCUAUCCCAGCAACUGAAAAUGGCUAACUUGGCUUUUCAUCAUCGUUCAGAUCUUCAUCGUGGCUUUCCCAGAAAUGAUGAUGUGACUCUGAGAGCCGGCGCAGUCCUUGUUCUGAGCCACGCCAUGGUCCUGUGCCACUUCCCAACCGCGGAGGCUGCAGCUCAGAACCGGUGCGUGACGUGACCACUUUUGUACAUGUGCCAACAGGACAAACGUUUUAAACAGAAAAAUCCUUUCAGAAAUGAGUAACAAAGCCCCACCCCCAACGUGUUCUUCUUGAACCUAAAAGACAGGCCAAGAAACCAAGCUUUGUACGUAGAAGGCUCGGUUUUCCUGUUUUAUGCCCACUGAACAUAGGUACGUAAAGGCAAAUAAGUUCUUCCCUCUUUUUUCUUCUUUGGGAUCAUGAAGGUAGUUGGGGAUGCUGUCAGGCAAUGCUGAGGACGAGACGGAGCACUGGAGAGUUCGCUGUGGGUCAUGGAGUCAGCCCAGCUCUCUGUGGGGUGCUGGUGGGAAGGGUCCUUGAAACUGGAAGAAAGAAACACUGGACUGGAGAAAACGCACAUAGAGGUUCACUGGAAAGUUAGUUUGCACUUAAGCUCUGAUUUUAUUUGAACUGUUUUCUGGAUUUUGAAUGAAGCAAUAUGGAAGUGACCAGCAAAAUACAAAAUAAUAAUUUUAAAUUAAAAAAAAAAAAAAAAGGUGAAUUAUAUGUAAAGGAUGACUGUGGAAAUGCCAAAAUGAAGCAAAUCAAGUCUUUGGUACAAUGUCCACCAGUUCGGAGAGGCACUGCCUUGACUGUUUCAGAGAACACAGUGACAGAGCAGCCAGCUCUUACUGCUGCUUCGUGAAGGACAGCACAGCAAGCCCUGCAAGGGAUCCGAGGAGGAGAGUGCCUUGCUCCGGCACGCAGCACAGUGCGGAAUGCUUUCUCUAACAGGAGGAUUACUCUGUCACAGAACACAGUGUCCGUGAUGUUUGCUAAGUCAAAAUGUGCAUGACUCGUAGAGCUUUCAGUCACAAAAUGUAAAUAGGUAUGAGUUGGCCUCCCUGCACUUGGUUCUGCGCUCAUCAGCCUCAGUUUUUAGGUAGACACCCACACACCCCUCCUCCUGUCGGGAAGGAACCUCCAGCCACAGUGUGGGGCGCGUUCAGCAGAUAGAGCUGGGAAGGGUGGAGCAGGGGCCAGUGCUGCUGAUGGCUCGCUCCUGGUGUGCCAGCACCUGCUGUGUGAGCAUUGGUGCACCUCGUUCCCACCAAAAAUCUUCAGGCUGCAUUAGGUACCUGUGAAGAGCUGUCUGUGUCUCAUGAAGGCUUUUAAAAGGGGGGGAGUAAUACCUGUUGGAGGGCAGUAUUUCAGUUUAUGGACUUCAGUACUAUUAAUGUCAAGAUCUUUGGGGUAACCUGACAACAAAACCAGCAACAACCAGUGGUCUGGAAAUUGUAUCCAGUUCCUCCACAGUCCUGCCCAUGAACACAGCUUGCCACCUUUAAUCGUAAGAGAGCGGAGGAAGGAGUAAGAACCGUGCAAUAUUGACUGCAGUCCUGGUGGCUUGCGGACAGCUUGACAAAAGGUAGAGGAGGUUUCAGAGCCGGGUGGUUAGCAGGCUUGGUCGUGGAAAGGAAACGUGUGUGAUUGCUGGGCCAGGGCUGGUUCUGCUAACAGCCUGCUCCUGUGCCACGUGUACCCAGGCCAGCUUGAGCCAGCAGAGCUCAGCUCCAGCUGCAGGACACUGCUAGGCCUGCUGUGUGGGGCUCUUUGGAGCUAUUGAAGGGGGAGGUGCUGGGCCAGAUGGGAACAGAACAAAUGACCAGCACACCACUGAGGUGAGAUCAGUGAUAGGGGAGUGUCACGUAGCUCAAAGGCCAUGUCUCCUCCUCACACCCUCUGUAACUUCCUGCUUGCGAUGGGUAACAGAGGAUGGCCCACGAUGUCCUGGGGACUCUGCUCCUGGAAGGCUUGCUGGUAACAGUGCUGAAGCAUGAGAGGUUGGGCUGCAGUGCCAAGCUGCCUGGGGACAAAGUCCGGCCAAGGACUGUGCAGGUCCUGGCUGCACAGAAGCAGCUUAGGUGCAGUAGGUAUGUAAAGCAGAGGGGGAAGGGGUGGUCGGUUUAUCUCUGAACAGGUCAUACAACAGAGUAAGCCCAGAUGGAGAAGAACAAUGGCUGUACUGCUUGUGCCUGAAUUCAGAGAGGAGCACAUGAAAGCGACUGGGAGAGAGGGAUGCAUGUCUCCACAGACAGCUGCUCGUGGAAGGUGGAGACCUGUUUGUUUCCCUGGUAAUUAAGUAAAUAGGACAGGUGUUAGAAGUAAUCAAAAUGUAAAUAACAGUGUUCUUUAACACUUUAGCAUUUCUUACAUAGCUUGAAUUAUUUAUUCAUUUUAAUUGUUGUCUGUGGGUAAGGUGCACUUGGUAGCGUGGAAAUGCAGCGUUCCUUGGAGGGAGGCACCACGUGGGGGAGGCUGUCACCUGGCACUGGGGGCUAUCCACACACAAAGUGCAUUUUGUCAGCACAAAGCUGUAGGUAAGCGUCAGCAGAAUUAUUUUCUCCAUCUCUGAUUAAUUCUCUGGUUCUACAGCAGUGUCUAUACACACCACCAUCAGCUCCUGUGGAUUUUUCAUAGGCAGACACCUACUGGUAGAUGUUUUCCUUUUGCCCAUGCACAAAAGAAAAGCAGUGCACUGCUUCUCAAGAGCAGAUACCUCUAUCAGCCUUUGUCUAAGGUAAAUGUGCUAAAUGAAGGAGAGCAACAGCUGGUUUUCACCUUAUCUCUUGCAGUGAUAGUCUUAGAUGUUACCUGCUGAGCUGAGGGUAGUUCUGACACAAGUGGAAGGUGCACCUCAUUGAUUUGCCCGAAUCAAAUAAAUAUUAAUUCUGUUUUUCUGCAAAAUAGCUAAGGAGUUAAGCAUCUAUGACCAUUUGCUCAGAUGUAGUGGAGUAUUUACAACUUGUCUCGAGUGCAUAGCAGCGAUUGGAGCCAUCGCAUAGAUCUGCUCCAGGUACUUUAAGCUCAGCUCAGCUUUCUUCUCCUGCAAAGCAAAUGGUUGCGCUGACCCUGGAUCCCACCACUUACUUGGUGGAAAUGCACUCCUCAUUUCAUGUGGUCCUCUGGGGUAGUGAGGAGAAUGGUGUGUGCAGGGCAGCUGUGUUAUUGCUGCUGGGGCCUGUGCAUGCUAGCGCUUAUUGCCAAUUGAGAGCUGGGUGGGAGGUGCAAGCUCAGGUAGGUGUUCAUCUCCUUUGAAGGCUCUUUAGCCCAAGGGGGACCUGUAGAAAAUAGCCUUUAACAAAGACUAGUCAGGCCUCGGGUGAUCAGUGACCUCUGGGGCUCUUAAAGACCAUCAUCUCAGAUCAGACAGCAUCACCCGGAGUUCUCUUCUGCCAGUGUUUGUAAGAGAUGAUGUUUUUACUUGCAAUAAUAUGUAAAGACUGUACAUGUAUUCAUUUCUAGAUCUGUCACUCGUAGUGCUCCCAUUCUUCUGGAUCAUAGACCUCUGCUGCUGACAGAACAGCUCAUCUGUUGUUACACAUUCUGGAUUUGGGUUCAAAUGUCACUUCCAAAAGCCAGGUCUGCACACAGGCAGGGGCUGGGUGGCUGCACUAUUACUUUUCCUCACACACAAAGAAGCACGGCUGUCCACGAGGGCAGCCUCAGCUGCUCAGAAUGUGCCCUCGUUUUUUUUUUUAGCCUUUUGCUAAGUGUUAGGCAGGUAGAAAUAGCCACCAUUAAAAUGGGGGUUUCAAAUGAGAAUAAAUAAUGUUCUGUGGUUAGAAGCAACUCUCGAAUGUCCAAGAAUGAAGGGUGGACACAAGUCCCUUUACUGAAGCACAAGGUCGUGCUCCACCAGUCAGGUUUAGUACCUGACGAAGUGAGAGUGCUCGCUGCUCUCGGGGAGAUGACUGGAAGGUAAGGCUGAAGGUAAGGCAUCUCCAUUUGUCCCACGGCCGUGGCUGGUAUCUGUGUGUAGGCUGGGACAAGGCAGAGCAUCCUCUGGGAACUGUUAAGUCUUGACGGAUGGCAGUGGGACUUUCUGAAAUGCAGAGGGGGGCUGAAGUAGUGAGCCCAGCUGGUGGGGGUCUGUGCUAAGGCAGGAGGAGGAAGAAGCUAAGGACAUUGUCCCCGUUAGGAAGUGUGAACAGUUAACACUACUUUUUUUUUUUUUCCUCUUCAUAAUUAGAGAGCUUUGGACCAUGGUAGAGAGGGAUUUUGGAGAUUUGUAAGGCCAAGUGAGUAGUUGCAUCCCAAUUCCUCCCCCUCCUAUUAAAAAAAGCCAUGAGAUUGUGCUCCAAACGUGUUGUGGAUGGAACCGGCAGGGCUAAGGUGCACCCUGCACAGCACCCUCUUGCUGAUGGCAGCACCUCUGUCCCCGUGCCCUGCCCAGGCUGCGAGCCCUCUUAGGGAUAAAACACCCUAUUAUGUCCACAGCACUCCGAAGACUAAACCCUUUUGGGAUAACCACAGUAAUAAACUGUGAAUGGUAUUUUAUAAAUGUAGAUACGUACGCCGUUCCUUUGAGGUAAGGUACUAUGACAUAUGUAGCAUAAGCUGGUACUGCUGUUAAAUGGGUCGAUUAAUACUGAGCAGCUGUGUAAGGGGUAGCUAACUUUGAAUGCACUCAAAGCAGCGUUCCUUUGGAGGUGGGCCAGAAGGAAGUUGCUGGGCACUCGUCUUUUCAUGGUGGGGUAUGCUGAAAAUGCUGACGGUUGAAAACACGAAGUAGAGUUUUUAAUAGCAUUUCAACGUUGGAAAUGGGUGUGCAUUUGAAACACGAUUCACAACGGUUUUCACCUUUUGGUUUGGUUUUUCUUCUGCCCGGAUUUUUGACAUCUCCCCAACAUUGUAAGCUGGAGUUUCUAAAGAGGUGGCAACCUUAGGGUAUGGAGGGGAAGUGGAAGGGGAAAGAAGUCUCUUUGUAAGAACAGAGAUACCCAAAAUACAUGUCCUGUCCUCGUGGUCCUCAAACUAUGUGUUCUGUCGGGUGAAGCUCACCUUCCCAAGCUGGGAGGACGAGGCCGGGCCCCAGCUGGGAGGAGGUGGAGGAGCAGCAGCACUCCAGCCAGGUGGGCACAGCCCUGCAGAGAGAGGUGGAGGUGGGGGGCUCUGGAUUUUGGGCAGCUCUCUGGGUUCUAACAGCGCAAAGAGAUGACACAGUAAGUAACUCUGCCUUAGAAGCACCUUCAGAAGAAGAGGAGCAUCAGUUUGUUGGGGAAGAGGCUCAUUUCGUGCAUUCAGAGUUAGCUGCCUUUCUGAAACAAAAACUCAAAAACCUACUGUAUGUUACUUUGAAAAUGUGAAUAGUAUUUUUAUAGCUUGUUAAAGACACAGCUAGUUGCGUUUGUAAAUAAGGAUAAUGUUGCUUUUAUUUUCCUUGUGGUCACCAUUAUUUGGAACAUAAUCGUCCUUAGGGUUGAUUUGUAUAUAGGUAAUUUGCUUGUGAUUUAUGCGCUCCCUCCCCCCCCCUUUUCUUUCUCCCCCUUCCCACCCUCUCUGGUUUUGGUUAGAUGCCAUUUUGGUCAUUCUGUGUGAUUCUGUGUUUUAGCACUGUUGUGGUGUGUUCAGACUUUCUGCACUUGCUUACACCGUAGGGUAUGCCAGUUGUGUGUGGCGUAACGUUCCUUUAACCUUUCCUUUCUCAUACUUUAGCUAGUGAGGGUGACGCGCUGUUAGACACUGACCUGGGUUAAUAUUAGGGACAUAUUUUAGCAUAAUUUCCCUUCUUUUCAUGGUUUCUCGCUUGUUUUCUUUUCCUUUUUUCCUUCCCUCCCCUUUUGUCUUGUUUUGAGGCUGGGGAGAAGCCUGCGGACCUUCUCUGUGUGUGGUUACACCUUUGCCCCCCGCGUUUCUCCUCCCGGCCCUUGGGGUAGAGCUUUAUCUGUUUGUUAAGGCCAAUGUAGACUGCGCCCCACCUCGCAUCGACCCACGCUCAUCCCAGCUGAACGAUUUGAAAACUGUCCUGCCUUUUUGUUACAUGAAUCUGUCAGAAAUAUAUUUUUAAUUUAAUAUAAAUGAAAUUCAAUAAAAUAUGAAACAAAA